GCCUUAAUGACGUCAUUUCGAACAUGGCGGCGUCCUGUGGCCGCAACCUGUGCAGAGGAUGGCGAGGGAAAACGGGGUUUAUAUUAAAAAGCCCGUCUCCGGUUUGGUUUCCGAAGGCUACCUUUCACAGAUCCUCAGUCGGUAGAAAUGGAUUUCUGUCGUCGCUUCACAAACGAGGCUUUCUGAAGGAGUCUUUCCCUGAAAACGCGGCUCAGGUGAAUCUUCCCCAGCUGCUGCAUUCGGCCCAGCAGACCGUGUACUGCGGCUUCGACCCGACCGCCGACAGCCUGCACGCCGGCCACCUGCUGCCGCUCAUCGGCCUGCUGCACUUCCGCAACGCCGGGCACCACGUGAUCGCGCUGAUCGGCGGAGCCACGGCGCGGAUCGGCGACCCGAGCGGCAAAUCCAAAGAGAGAGAGUGCCUGUCAGCCGCCGUGGUGGACAGCAAUGCCAGGUCCGUGCUGGAAAGCUUGCACCGGAUCUUCACCAACCACGAGCUUUACUUCUGUAGCGAUCCGCAGAGACUGGGCACCGUGCGCGUGCUGAACAACGCCAGCUGGUACCGGGACUGGACCGUGGUGGAGUUUCUGGCCGAGGCGGGCCGGUAUUUCCGCAUGGGCACUCUGCUGAGCAGACACAGCGUGCAGUCCCGCUUAAAGAGUGCCGAGGGCAUGAGUCUCAGCGAGUUCUCUUACCAGCUCUUCCAGGCCUUUGACUUCUAUUACCUGCAUCAGGUGCACGGCUGCAGAAUACAGCUGGGGGGCACAGAUCAGCUGGGGAACCUGAUGUCUGGCCAUGAAUUCAUUCACAAAAAGACAGGAGAGGAAGUAUAUGGACUGACAGUACCACUGUUGACCACCUCAGUGGGAGAUAAGCUGGGGAAGACUGCAGGAAAUGCUGUAUGGCUGAACCGGAAUAAAACGUCUCCCUUUGAGUUCUACCAGUAUUUCCUCAGACUGCCAGACAACAAUAUGGAACAGUACCUGAAGCUGUUCACCUUCCUGCCACUGGCUGAGGUGGAGAAAGUGAUGGAGCAGCAGAGGCAGGAUCCAGGCAAGAGAACAGCACAUAAACGGCUUGCUGCUGAGGUAACCAAGCUGGUGCAUGGCAAAGAGGGGCUGGAAAGUGCCAAACGAUGCACCAACGCUCUGUACCACAGCAGCAUCGAGGCUCUGCAGCACAUGGAUGAUGCUGAACUGAAGGAGUUGUUCAGAGAAGCACCAUUUCAGGAGUUCUUUCUAGAGCCAGGUACCACGGUACUGGAUGCCUGUCGUCGGUGCCAGGCCAUUCCUGAAGGACCCAGAGGGUAUCAGAUGAUAACUGAUGGUGGUGUGUGGAUUAACCACCACAGGGCAUCAAACCCUGAGCAGGUACUUGUCCCAGGUCAGCACAUCCUCUCGAACGGACUCAGUCUGAUCCGAGUGGGCAAAAAGAACUUCUACAUCAUUAAGUGGCUGAGCAUGUGAUUCACAUCUUAACUAUGGAUAAAUUAAGAGUCUGCACAAAUGAAGUACUGGACAUGUACUCGUUGUACAAGCCAUACACAGACCGAUGUUUGUUUAUGGAACCACAGGGCUGCUGAUCAGUGGAUUUUGUAAGGCUCCUUGUAGGAAGAAGAGACCGGCUACAAGGAGCCGUGCUGCAGAAAUAUAGAAGAACUGAGAAAAGAUCCUAUUAAACACUGCGUUUGUUUGUGUGUUUUGUCUCAGAAAUUUUAUACCACAUAUGUUAAGAACCAGGAAAAUGUUCAACCUUUUAAAGUGCAGUUAUACAUUCUGCCACAAGAUGUCAGUCAAGUGUUUUUUUUUUUUUUUCUAGAUGCCUAUACAGUUUUAAAUUCCUUUCUUCCAAGUUUCAGAAAUUAGAGCAACCCCGGUCCUGCACAUUUUGGUGUUUGCCCUCCUCUAACUCACGUAGUUCAGGCUCAUAAGUUGAAUCAGGUGCGCUGGGACCAGGAGGAAAAAAAAAAAAAAAAAAACAGGACCAGGAUUGAGAAGUACUACAUGAGAUGUAUGAUGUAUAAUACAACCUUGUGAGUUGCAAAUUAUUAUUAUUUUUUUUCUUUUAAGUCAUUUGAAUGGCAAGAUUUUGUUACACUUCAUAUACUAUAAAUGCAAGAUGUCUCAGAUAUUCCCACUUCUGAAAUAAAUGUCACACUGGAUUGAGGAAAAACA